AUGUCACGAAACCUUAUCAGCCUAAUAUUAAGCUUAUUACUUAUUAUCACGCCUACACUAUGUUUUAACCACACUCAGCAUUCGAAUAAAGUCUGUUUUUUGCUAUUAUACUCGCGGCGAUACCGCGAAUCUGAUGAGGUCCACCACCGUUACAUAACCACCAAUGAUGGAACCAUCAGAAGAGCACUUAAUAUUUACAAAGCAGACACACUGGAACCAUUCGUCACUGUUGUUGACUAUGAUGUUGAUGCAUUAAUCGAUAGUAUAUCAGGACUUGACGAACGUGGUGAGAAUAGGACAUACGUUCCUGAUAUGGACUACUGUUCUUACUUGCGCAUUAUGAAGUCCAAAACUCACAAGAGUGCAAACUUGGAGGAAAGACGAGUGAUUGAGCAGUAUGACAAAUAUCACCGACGUUCUAACCAACUUGAAACAGUCGAAACCGAAGAAGGUAAAGAAAAACUUAGUCUGUCUUGUACAACGGAUACGAAUUGUACUAGGUAUGGCGACUCGUGUAACAAACGUGAAGUUGAAGUUUGUUUAAUGAAUACCGAAACCUGUAAAAGACUUGAGGGGGGUGACGUAUCUAGAGGAACGACUUGUGCUCGUAUCUUUCUUAUAGUCAUUUGGUGUAAGGUGUUUGGAGUUUCAUUUAAUGUAGAUACCUUUUUAGCAAAGGUUAAUCAACAAUUGAUACUCAAUAUAAUAGCACAUCUUGGCUUCGAUUUCAACAGGCUAGGUUGCUUCAGAGCUACAUAA